CUGAAUCUCUUACCAACACUUCACCGAGAAAUCAAUCGUACAAAAUUCCAAACCAGAAAAAAAUAACUCAAAAACAGCACCUACUUCCCAUCUUCAUCUUCAGCUCUGACCGUAAAGUGAAGGGAAAAAAAGAAGUUAAUUAAUCUUCAGCUUCAUUUCAAUCUUUAGCUAUGUCUAGUAUAACACAAUCUUCAUUGCCCAAUUCAGACGCUCUGAGAGAUACAUUCCAAUGGAAGAGAAAGGAGCAAAGUAUGGCGGUUCUCUUAAUUUCAACAACAACAUGGGUGUUGUUGGAAGUCUAUCAAUUCAGCUUCCUCACAGUUAUUUCAUGGGCAGCCAUGUUCAUUGUUACUUCAAUGUUCCUUUGGGGCAAUAUUCUUAAGCUUCUUUGGCAAAGAUGUGCCAAACAUGUUGUGGCUGGAAAUUUCAGAAGAAUCAACUAUUGAAAUGGUGAAUGGGAUUAGAGCAUAGAUUGAAGAAGGAAUUCGAUGGAUGUUUCGAGUGAGUGCGGAGAGAGACUGGUUUGCCUUUGUAAGAACUGUUGCUGGUUUGUUGUUGUUGGUAAAUCUGGUUUUGUAUCUCAUACAAAACACACAGCGGAAGCAACAAACA